AUGGACAACGAACACAAGGAAGACGGCGGAAUGUCUUUGCAAAUGAGUAAGAUCAAAAAGAUCAUAAAGCUCGAUCCUGAACAUGUUUCUUCCACGGAGUCGGCGAACUAUGUCUUAGGAGCUGCCACGGAGCUAUUUAUCAAGCAGCUUGUGAUGGAUGCGUCGACAGUUACCAAGAGUAAGGGGCGGAAGAAGGUGAUGUACGACGACAUUCAGAAGGUUGUGAGCAGCGUCGACAUAUACACGUUUAUGAAGGACAUAGUGCCGAAGACGGCACCUAUUGGAGAGUUGUUGAGGAGCCGUGCAAUUCGAUUAAGAGAGGAGGAUGCUAUGCGUGUGUCGAGCAAGGGUGACGAGACUGGAGAAGGAGAGGGUCGAGAGGGGCUGGCAGGGGACGGAGCUGGUGCAGAACACGAGGACGAGGGCGAUGGUUUGGUGACGGGGGAGAGAGAAGAGUGUGCUGGCCUUGCUGAAGAUGGCGACGAAGCCAUGGAGGUUGAUACGGUUGUUGAUGCUGAUGCUGGUAGUGGUGAACGGGUGCAUGAAUCCGGGACCACUACAGAUACUGGAGAGCUCACGCAUAGAGGGGCUGUGUAG